AUGUAUUUUUCAGAUCUGGAUUUUGCUGUGAGAUAUUUGCAGGCCAUUGGAAGAGAAUUCCCAAAUGAUUCUGAAACAUCUGUUUCAGUAAUCAGAAAUGAUUCACUGAUAUUAUCUGAUGAGGAAAUCCAAUCCAAAGAAGAAGAUGCAAACCAAGAAUAUGAAAGUAAAUUCAAGGCUGGACAAUUCAAACAGGGUUGGAAAUUAAUUUCAACAACUCUGAAUGAAGGUGGCAUCAAUGCGUCACCUCAGCAAUGUUCUUCCGAGAUGGACACAUUGAAACGCCGCUCCAAAGCUAUUAAAGACAGUCAGUCUGAAACAGGAGCUACCCCUAUCACUUGGGAAUACUAUUCAGUAAUGUCCAAUCUCUUCGAUAAAAAAUCUUGGGCCCAACUCUUACAGGGAGCUGUAUCUUCAACAGGCGCUUUCACAUAUUUGAAUAUAAAUGAAAUGGCUCGAGGUUGCUCUGAAAAGGCGCCCAAGAAAAGACAAGUUAAUAUUGAUGUGAUACUGACUGAUUUGAAGAUGGAAAGGCAAAAACGUGAUGAAGAGAGGAAAAUGAGACUUGAAGAAAGAAAUAGAAGAAGAGAAGAAUAUGAAAUGGAACAGGAUCAGAGACAUAAAGAAAAAUUCAACUCAAGAGAACUCAUCCAUUGA